CUUUUAAAUUUAGAAAAAAAAAACAUUUCUUUUAUCUUUUUCUCUCUCUUUUUUUCUCAUAUGUUACUCAAAUCUCUGCAAUUUCUUAGUUAAUCUUUCUUUUGAAUCGCAUCGACCUCUCUCUCGUUCUCUCAAAAUAUUAAAAAAAAAGAUUUUUAUCCACUUUCUUUCGUUUUCUCUCCUCCCAAUCACUCUAUCGGUAACAUCAAAAAAGGAAAAAAAUGAAAAAUAAGAAAAUUUGUCUAGCUAGGUUCCGUGAUUCCAUGAAGAUCUAGGGUUUCCAAUGGUUUCUCAGCUGCAUUUCAUUUGAUCUGUGCGGAAACGUUGCUUGAGCUGUGUUUGGUUAUGCGAAGGAAAGAAAAUGGAGGCAGUUGUUGUUGGAGAUAUAGCGUGUUUGGAUGCGGAGUUAUUGCAGCUCCAGGAGAUGUCUCCGUUAGCUCUCAAAUCCAAUCCUGAAUUCACUCAAAAGCUUUUCGAACAGUGGCUUUCGCUUCCCGAUGUUAACAAGCUGGUGACGACAUUGGUUAAUGAUGCAAAGGCGGGUAAUCCUUUGAAUGUUCGCGGUAAUGCUUCCAGUGGAAGUACUGCCACAAGCAAUUCUUUACCUUCCAUGUUUCCUGCUGGCAGUGCUCCUCCCCUUUCACCAAGAAGUACAUCUGGUUCCCCUCGUAUAACAAAACAAAGGGCUGGUCCUUCAAACUUGGGCUCUCCACUGAAAGUAGUUAGCGAGCCUGUGAAGGAGUUGAUACCUCAGUUUUACUUUAAAAAUGGCCGUCCACCUCCAAAUGAUCUAAAAGAACAAUGCAUGCUUCGAAUCAAUCAGUUCUUCUAUGGCCACCCAGAUGGGCUAAAGCUGCAUGGUAAGAUACAUGCAUGCAUUGCCUUAACAGAUAUUUCUGAAACUCAUCUGAUAUUCAUGUUUUACUUCCUAUGCAUUUCAGAAUUCAAAUUAGUGACCAAGGAAAUCUGCAAGCUGCCUUCAUGUUUCUCCCUAUUACUUUUCAGAAAAAUUGAUGUUGGUAGCACUGGUUUGAUUACAAGAGAUGCAUUUAUUGAUUAUUGGGUCAAUAGCAACAUGUUAACAAGGGAUAUAGCAACCCAAAUAUAUACAAUAUUAAAGCAACCAGAUCUCAAAUACCUGACUCAGGAUGACUUCAAACCUUUACUCCGAGAACUAUUGGCAACUCAUCCAGGGCUGGAGUUCUUACAGAGUACACCUGAGUUUCAGGAAAGAUAUGCUGAAACUGUCAUAUACAGAAUAUAUUACUACAUAAAUAGAUCUGGGAAUGGUCACCUCACUCUUAGGGAGUUGAAACGUGGAAACUUGAUUGAUGCCAUGCUACAUGCUGAUGAGGAAGAGGACAUUAAUAAAGUUUUGAGGUACUUUUCGUAUGAACAUUUUUACGUGAUAUACUGCAAGUUUUGGGAGCUGGAUACAGAUCAUGAUUUCUUGAUUGACAAGGAGAACCUUGUCAGAUAUGGAAACCAUGCGCUUACCUACCGGAUUGUCGAUAGGAUAUUUUCUCAGGUUCCAAGAAAGUUUACCAGUAAGGUUGAAGGAAAGAUGGGGUAUGAAGAUUUUGUUUACUUUAUCCUAGCAGAGGAAGACAAGUCAUCUGAGCCUAGUCUUGAGUAUUGGUUCAAAUGUAUAGAUUUGGAUGGCAAUGGAGUUCUAACACGUAAUGAAAUGCAAUUCUUUUAUGAGGAGCAGCUGCAUCGAAUGGAAUGCAUGGCACAGGAGCCUGUGCUCUUUGAGGACGUCUUAUGUCAGAUAAUUGACAUGGUUAAACCGGAGAAUGGCAGCUAUAUUAUGUUUCGUGACCUGAAAGGUUCUAAACUUUCUGGAAGUGUUUUCAAUAUCCUUUUCAAUCUCAACAAAUUCAUUGCCUUUGAAACUCGUGAUCCAUUCCUCAUUCGUCAGGAGCGUGAGAAUCCUACAUUGACAGAAUGGGAUCGAUUUGCACAUAGAGAAUAUAUUAGGCUUUCAAUGGAAGAAGAUGUCGAAGAUGCCUCUAAUGGAAGUGCAGAAGUUUGGGAUGAAUCACUUGAGGCUCCCUUCUAAGUUGAAUAGGGUGCUCGGGGAAGAGCUCAACUCACUUCUUCCAUGCUGGGCACCAGAAAGAGAAUAUCACCUUGAAUGGGCGAGGAAGAUACAUCGGACGUCAUUGGAGGAAAUUUUUGAGCUUGGCCAUGUGGGAUGUAGUCUUGAUGCACCAGUGAAGGAUUUCAAGCCUUUGCAUACAUGGUUUGACCAAACAUGAUUGAAUCAUGCUAUUCGAGCCCCACUUUAUCUAAAGCACCUUUCACAUGGACGAGUUUUUGCUGGG